AUGGUUUGUUAUUGGCAUGUCAUAACAAUACGUAACCAUUCACCUGUUGGUCUGAUGUUUUUACCACGGAUMGCGGAACCAAACAUGGUUAUUUUACUUCAAGUGGCUUGUGUGCGUGCAUGUGUGGAUUGCUACAUCGCUGGGGCGGUGCAGUGCUUUUCAAGAGGCUGAACCGGGCGGAGGGCGGCGCAAUGAUUGACUGAGCAAAGGGCUUUGCAAUCAACAGAGCUGUGUAAGAUCUCUCUCUCUCUCUGCUUGAGCUAGACAGUCUCUCACUACUCGAUACGGCGCUGAGAAUUUCACACCGAAAAGUAUAGCGCUCUCUCGCCGGACAUCUGUCUCCAGUCCAGACGCACCGUUGGGAGACAUUUUMUGGACUGACUGGGAAUGUCGUCCAAAACCGAAGACAGUGCUUGACACAGAACCUGGAUGAAGGAAGGAAUUUGUCACAUUUGAAGGAUCCACCCCCCCCCAAAAAAUUCUGAUCAGCAUUCAAAUAUAUAUUUAGCCUGAGAAGUUAGAUUUGCCAYUUGGAUGAAAACCAUUAGGACUGCAGCUGCUCGUGCGCAUAAGCUAGCAACAAUAGAACGCACCAUUUACAAUUCAUCAUAACAACUUGCGCUGAAUUAGAAUGAUGAACGUUCAGUGGAGCAACCCGGUCCAAUGCAUCCGCAGUGGAAAAGUCGGACAGAAACGUGUGGACUCAGAAACAGCAGGUGACGAGCCGGUGUCCAAAUGCGCUAGGCUGAUCGAGUGUAUGUGGGACGUGGGGCUCCUCGGUAGCUCGCCGGUGUCCCCUGUUUCCCCGGUACUCUUGAGCGGCUCCCCGACCCAUCAAGGUCCGUUUCGGAUAGGCCAGUUUCUGCUCCUACAUAUGGCUGACAGGGACAGGAUACACAGCGCACUCAACAUUGARACGGGAGACGCGAUGGUGUGCAAGGUGUUUGACAUGGGUCUGUACCAGGAGAAGCUCCGGGCCUACCGCAUCCUGCCGGUCCACAGGAACAUCAGCCGUAUCCGAGACAUUGUCCUGGGGGAGCGCUGGGCAUACGUCUUCCUAGAGAAGGACCACGGGGACAUGCACACCUUCGUUAAGAGCUGCAAGCGUUUGGCGAGGGGCGGGCGGCACAUCUCUUUCACCAGGUGGCGUCGGCCGUGGCCCACUGUCACCAGCAUGGCAUCGUAUUAGGAGACCUGAGCUACGCAAGUUUGUCUUCUCCGACAGGAAAAGGUAGAGAGAGACUUGAGAUGACACGUGUACCGUUUUCACACACUAUCCUGUCAACCCAACCCGUACCAAGCUGGGUCAGAUAUUGCCUUUCUUUUGACUGCACUGUUUCAGCACUUAUGGUGGAUAUGUA